CAACAACUCAGCUUCCAACGUCAACGCUUCUCUCACCUGCGCAAGUUGUUACCAAUCGUCAUACUGUGGGGUAUUCUGUAGCUGUUCAGUACUGAAGGAUUAGAGCAGGCCAACAACAGCGCGCCACCAUGAACAAUAUUGAUGGUUCAGAUCGUCAUCUGAAGACGGAAGAAGCACCACCGCCGUCUCUGCUUACCAUCGUGAUUGAUACAAAUCCUCACGCCUGGGCACAUCUCUCGUCAACGCUCUCUCUCUCUGCCGCCCUGGCCAACAUCCUCAUCUUCAUCAAUGCGCACCUGGCAUCCGGAAACGCAAACGAAGUCGCAGUCAUAGCCUCGCACUCGCAUAAGACAAGCUACCUGUAUCCUACCAAGAAGCCCUCACAACCCAUGCACAAUGGCGAUUCAAACGGUGAUAUCGAGAUGAACGGCAGCGGGGCGGGAAGGUCACAUCAAGAGAGCCCCAACAAGUACCGGCCCUUUGCCGUCGUGGAAAGUACUAUUCUGCAGAACUUUGCGAAGCUCUUGAAUGAGACAAACGAAAGUCAUCUUGCAGCAACACCAACAACAUUGAUUGGCGGCGCCUUAUCACUCGCUUUGACGUACAUCUCAAAGUCGACUAUACAACAUGCGCCUGUCGCCUCUGGCACUGAAAACUCCAUGGCAGCGCUUGCUGACGCCGAGAAUGCUCACGUUGAUCGUGUCGCGCUCACAUCACGCAUCCUAAUCGUUUCGGUCUCUGGAGAUCUGGCCAAUCAAUACAUCCCGGUCAUGAACUCGAUCUUCGCCGCACAAAGGAAAAAGAUUCCCAUCGACAUCCUCAAGCUGGCUGGCGAUACUGUGCUGUUGCAGCAAGCGAGUGACGCGACCGGCGGUGUAUACAUGAAGCCAGAGCGCCCUGAAGGAUUGUUGCUGUACCUAAUGAUGGCUUUUUUACCAGACGCCACAGCGCGUGCGAGCCUGGUUAUACCAAGUGCAGGAGGUGUCGACUUCCGUGCAGCCUGUUUCUGUCACAGAAAGGUAGUAGAUAUUGGCUAUGUUUGCAGCGUAUGCCUGAGUAUCUUUUGCGAACCUAAUCUGCCAGACAACCUGUGUCUCACUUGUGGGUCUUACCUGUCAUUGCGCGCUGCUCUGACCAAUCCUCCUGCUCUCAUACCGAAGAAGAAGAAAAAGAAGAGAAAGGCAGGAACCGACACUGCCACUCCAGGCGGCAACACACCCGCGGGAUCAGGCACACCCAUGCAUCCCUGAUCAUACAAAUCGAAACCUUCGCGAAUCAUUCGCGCUCGACGUGACUACACUGCUAACACAAAGGUUGUUCGUCCUGUCAUUAAGAGGAGAUGCCUUGGCAUCCUAGCAAGUAUAAUUGCCUUUCAAGGACCACGUACGGAAUACGUCGAGAAGGGUAUGUGUGCGCUUUUGCACAUUCACCUAGAAGUGAGCGAGUGCAUCACGCACAAGGUGACAGAGUCCUCCGUGGUAUACGAGCAAAGUAGCAUGAUGCUGCUCCGCGGGAAAAGCCUGACAUCAAUCGCAUUAGGCGAACGGUGAACGUUACAGUGCCGCCGUGAUUAUGUUGUCAGAAUUUUCAUAAUGCGAGCUUGUAGCUUCGUUUCAAGUCUAAUGAUUGCAGAGAACUUGGUUGGCGUACGGGAGCAUAGGCCCAGAGUACCCACCUAUAUCAAUACCAAUUUACAGAUUCUCA